AUGGAAGGAGCUUAUGAUGAAAUUAUCUCAGAAAACCCAUUUUUCAUUCAAUUGAAAAACGAAUAUUCAACAUUAUUUCAACAUUGCAUAUCGGAAUCAUGGAUUAUAUGUGUGCCUCGCAUCGGGAGCUUAAAUUCUCGUGUAUUUUCAAUUGAAGACUUUGGUGCCCACAUUUUGAUACCAAGUGAUGAAUUGCCCGAAACUCAUUAUAGCACUCUAACAGAAAAACAAGUGACAGUUGCAAAUAAAGUUAUUACCUUAGAAGUAACAAAAAGUUUACCGCUCCAAAGCCACAUACUAUUUGAGGAAACUUUUUAUACAGAGGACUUUAUUAAAUAUAGAGUAUGGUGCAUAGAAACACCUCUGGAACCAAAUGUUAAUGUGAGUGAUAAUUCAAUGACUAAGGAAUGUCUCUCGACUAUAAAUGACUGUAUCGAUUUACUUUGGACGCAGGCUGCUGGCCGACAAGUUUUGGACCAAAUAGAAAUUAAUGUACAAUUAUUUAUAAAGAAGCAAUCAAAUCUGCCUACCGCUAUAGCCCCAUUGAGGGAUGCAGUGAGUGAGCUAUACACACAAUGCUUACAAAGUUCAUUACAAAACCGCAGAAUAAGGGAGAAAUGCAAACUAUCUAAACAUUUACUUGAAAACAUCAAAUUGGCUGUGGAAUGUUACAUGCAACAUUUAUUAUUCGACUCAAUAUUCAAAACAAUUUGUACCAUAUGUGCCUACGAAGACUCACAUCUUAAUAAAAAAAUAAGAAAUCUAAGUGACAUACAACUCAGAGAUCUCGAGAUAAAAAAUGACUUGUAUCAUGCAGUUCCGAAAGCAAAACAGAUUUUAUCUAAGAUUGACACAUAUAAUACUGUUUUAGAAAAAGUUAUGUGUUUAAAACAAGCAUUGAAUGAGCUUAAUAAAAUCGACAGUAACAAUAUUGUCAUACUUCUAGCCGCGGACGAUAUAUUACCUGUAUUUGUGUUCUUGUUAAUUAAAGCCGGCUUACCAAACUGGUACAGCCAACUGACUUACAUGAAAGAAUUUCGUUUCAGCGGUAUUGGGAAAGGUAAUGGCGAUGAAAGUGCAUUCUUAAUAACUACAUUAGAAGCUGUUAUUGAACACAUUCAAUCAGAUGCUUUAGCCGGCCCACCGAACCCAGAAGCAUAUUACUAUGAAAGUAAUCUCACCGAGGAAAAUGUAAGCAAUGGUUAUCAAAGAAAAGGUAGCUUAACAGAAUCAACGACCACAACAACUACCUGUGAUACAAGUGGAAGAGAAGAAACACUGGAUCAUAUUUUUGAUCUAAUAAAAGCUAAUAACACUGAACAAGUACAGGUUUUGCUUGAGAGAAAUCAAAAGCAUUUAGCAAGUAUACAGCAAACUCAAGAUAAUGCUUUUAAUAUUGCCUUACAAGAAAAAGAGGAUGACGAUGACACAGACAGUGAAACAGAACUGUACCAAAAAUUAUGCCAUCCUUUGUGUAGUUGCAAGAAAUGCUGUUCGAAAAUAUCCAAGAAUCUUUUGAAAACUUCACCAACGGUAUAUUCAAGGGACAGCCAUGGUUUGACUCCGCUUCAUGUUGCAGCUAUACAUGGGAAAGCAACUAUCGUUGAAAUUCUUAUAGAUAUGGGAGCUGAAAUAAAUGCAACUGAUCUUAAUGAAUGUACUCCUCUACACUACGCCGCUUCUAGAGGCCAUCAGAACGCAUUACUUCUUCUGCUGCAUUCAGGAUCGAAUAUAAAUAAAACUAGUGUUGAUCAAAAUACACCUUUACAUAUGGCAGUCAACAAUGGACAUUUGAAUUGUGUAAAGGCUCUUAUCUACUUUGCAGAACAUGGUAGGAAGAAACUGAAUGUUAAUCCCAAAAACGAAUUAGGCAACACUCCUCUCCACUUGGCCUCUAAAUGGGGAUACGAAGGUAUAGCGAAAUUAUUGAUAGAAAAUGGCGCUGAACCAUCCAUCCAGAAUGACAAUAACAAAACCGCUUUCGAUUAUGCCCAUAAUUUGAAAAUACUCCAAGUUCUCAAGUCUUGUACGCCUAACUUGUAUGAAUACAUACAUAUAUCCAAUUCGGACAUCAAAACACUGAAUUGCAAGGCUGAAAAUCCUGUAACAUUGAAGCUACAAAAUCUCAAGAUAAAGAACUAUGAAACAAGUAAUGCCUCCAAAAUGGUGGAAAAUCUGAAGAGAAUUGAGAGGAUCUUGCAAGCUAUAUCAUAUGGGGAUGUCAAACUAGCCUGUUUCUAUAUGAACAUUAAUUACGAUAAUUAUGUUAAUAUGAAAAAUUUUACCGCGAAAGUGAACUGUCAUCCUCUAUGCGAGUGUUACAAUUGCAAGAAGAAACAUUACACUAUAACUGACUACGACGUAAAUUUUGCAGAUUCGAAUGGUUUCACUGCAUUACAUUAUGCUGCAAUGUACGGUUUGGAUGAAUUGUGCAAUAUACUUGUUUUGAACAAGGCUGAUAUAAAUUUUUGCAAUAAAAAGGGACAAACACCCUUACAUAUGGCAACUAUACAUAAUAAAACGACUGUGAUAAAGUUUUUACUGGACCAGGGAGCAAAUAUAAAUGCUAUAGACCUAUCAGGCAACACUCCUCUACAUGAUGCAAGCGAAAUGGGUAAUAUAGGCGCAACAAAAGCCUUACUAAAUUACAAUCCAGACAUAACAUUGUCAAAUACAUCAGAUAAAACAGCAAUAGACGUCGCUAAAGACAAACUUCAUUUGACAGUUAUAGAUUUAAUAGAAAAGUAUUCAAAUAAAUCCUAA